CAGAAUAAUCUUAACAUAAAGCAUACAUCAUGUCUACCGACACCGAAAAAAAUGCCGCCAUUGCAGAUUCCCCCAAGCCCCCAAACUUCCCCGAGGGUGGCUUCAAAGCAUGGAUGGCCGUUCUCGCCUGCUGGUGUGUAAUGUUCAACACCUUUGGAUACAUCAAUGCAUUCGGCAUCUACGAGGCCUACUACAAAAACACCUUUCUCCAAAACCAAAGCGAAUCCAACAUCGCCUGGAUCGGCUCCCUCCAAGCCUUCUUCAUGUUCUCCGCCGGCCUCAUCUCCGGCCCCUUGAUGGACCGCUACGGACCCAGAGCCAUCCUAAUCCCCUGCUCCCUCCUCUUCACCCUCUCCGUCAUGCUCAACAGCCUCUGCAAACAAUACUACCAAUUCCUCCUCGCCCAAGGCAUCCUCGGCGGUCUCACCAACGGCCUCAUCUACACCCCCACCCUCACCGCCGUAAACCAAUACUUCUUCACCCGCCGUCCCCUAGCAAUGGGCAUCGCCUCCUCCGGCUCCUCACUCGCAGGAAUCAUCUUCCCCAUCGCCCUAAACCGCAUGCUUAACUCCUCCCCCCUCGGCUUCGGCUGGUCCGUCCGCAUCCUCGGCUUCCUCAUGCUCUUCCUCAACAUCAUCGCCUGCAUAGCCAUCUCCUCCCCCGCUCCCAAACGCAAAUCCGGAUCCCCCUUCCUGCUAGAAGCAUGGUCCCACCCAGCCUACUCCUUCCAAGUCGCCGGUCUCUUCCUCAUCAUCUGGGCCAUCUUCGUCCCCUUCUUCUACAUCCCCAGCUACGCCCAAUCCAUCGGCAUUGACAUCAACCUCUCAAACUACCUCAUCUCGAUCCAAAACGCCGGAUCCCUAGUCGGCAGACUACUGGGCGGUAUUCUCGCCAACCGAAUCGGUCGCUUCAACACCCUCACCGCAUCCUCCGCUAUCUGUGGCAUCUUGAUCCUCUCCUGGCUAGCCAUCAACUCCCUAUCAAGCAUGAUCGUAUUCUCUAUCCUGUUUGGAUUCUUCUCCGGUACUGUGGUAGGGAUGUUUCCUGCGACGAUUGCUAUGACAGCCCCACGGCCGAAUGUUAUCGGUUCGUAUAUGGGAAUGGCGUUGGGAGUGUUGAGUUUGGCGAGUUUGACGGGGACGCCUAUCACCGGGGCGAUGAUUAGUUCGUAUGGGGAUUAUCACGCCGCGUUGGUAUUUGCGGGGGUUUGUGCGUUGGUUGGGUCUGGGGUGGUGUUUGUGGGUAGGGUUUGGGGGGUGGGGUGGGUGGGUGUUGCUUAG